AACACUGUAUUUACUGUGGUUUUUGAGUUUUAUUUAUUAUUUUAUUUAUACUUGUAUUUAACGUGUUUAUAUUAAUUUUAAAUAAUUACAUUCCCUUUUAAUUAUUUUCAUGACGAUGCCCUUAUUAUAAAUUGUAUUGACCUUUAAUGGUUUAAAAUGAAAGUGAAAAGGCCAGAAAGUUGGAAAGUCCAAAAAAUACUAUAAAUACAUUUUUUGCUGCUUCCCUCUUUCUUCUAUGUAUCUUGUUUGGUCAGACCUAACUUCUAUGUGAAAAGAUUUCCAACCUUGAUUUUUCUCUGUAUUUUUGUUCUUUUAACCAUCGGAUAACCCAAUAUGCGUCUUAAUGAGGGUCAUUUGUUAACACCGGUGAAAAGCGCCUCUACGGUAGCGUCUGCUGGAAAUGGCCAAGACUCGGCAGAUGAUAGUGAUUCUUCCAGUGCUACUUCAAAUAGUUCAUCUGGAAGUCAACAGAGUGAUCGGAGCUCAUCUGAUUGCUCUUCACGGAGCUGUAGCAGUGAUAAUUCAUGUGGUUACUCUUCUUCGUCGCAUUUUAGUCGCUCAUCUCGCAGCUGUCAAAGCUGUUCGAGUUGUAGUCGCUCAAGAAGUCAUAGUCGAUCACGUAGCCCAAGUCACAGUGCCAGUGGGAGUCGCGUUUCUAGCUCGAGUCCUUCAAGAAGCGUUAGCUCGAGUCGUAGUAGCAGUGGUUCACCUUCAGGUUCCAGUUCUUAUAGUUCUAGUGGAUCAGAUAAUGAUAGCAGUAGCAGUUCUUCCGAGACAACUAAAACAACUAGUUCUCUUGGGAGACGCUCAAGAAUAAGAACUGUUAAAAGAACUCAUACUUCUGCAAUAAAAUCGGGUAACAGCAAUGCAGUUCGUGAUCAUCGUAGAGAACAUUCACGGCAAUCUAACAAUAGUUAUGUAAUGUUAAACAAAAAUCAUAGCGCUAUAAAUUCAUUGCAUUUAAAUCCUCAAACACCGAUCUCUCAACCAUCCUCUGUGUCCUGUGAAAGCAGCUGUUAUAGUCCAUCGGUUAGUGUAAAUAGUCCGUUAACUGCUGGUAUGACCAGCGGUUCAGCAAAUAAGAAAAGAGAUCCCGCUGAAGAAAGACAGAGACUCCGUUCUUAUCGAAUUCCUCAUUUACAAAAUCGUGAUAGAUCGUCAGUAGUCAGCCCAGGUAGCACUCUCAACGAAAAUACUGGGACUAAACUAAAUUCUUCGUCGACCAUCCCGUCAUCUUCAAAUCAUGAAACUAAGAAAACUCAACCAUUAACCUCUACUGUUGCCGUUCAAGUUCAAACAGACUGUAAUGAGCUUCCUUUGGCGCCGCUUCUUAUCAAUUUAAAACCUGCUAAGCAAGGCUCAGUUAACUCUUGUAGCGCUAAAGUUAAAGUUAAACCAGGCCGUGUUGUUGGCAAAAAAGCUAAGAAGAGUUCGGAAGAUCCUAGUACGGAUGGACAAAAACCCAAGAAUAAAAUAAGAGUGAAAAAGGUUAAAAAAUCUGGAGCCAAUUCAUCGACUAAUAUAGGCUAUCAAGAACCAAACAGGAUUGAAAAUAACAAGCAUUUACAACCUACUAAAGAUGAUUCGAUUUGUGCCAAUUCGCAUUUAAACCAGAUAAAUGUAGCUUCAACAAGUCAAUCUUUUAAAUCAACUACUUCUGUUAAUAAUCAUGAAAAAAUGACUACACAGCUACAAGAAAAAUGUAAAACACUGAGCCAAAAUUCCAUCAAUCAAGGAAUCAAAAAUUCUACUGGAGUUAAUAUUCCAGUAAACUUACCGGCUGGUCCGGCAUCUGUAUCUCUUUUACGAGAAAAAACAUCUCCUGAUAGUGGAAUGCAAUCCCAAGGAGAAUCACCAAAUCAGAGCUUACUCGUAAAUAAUGAAGCAGAAUCGAGCUCUUAUAACAAAAAAUCAUCAAAAAACUCGCAUAACCAACAUCAACAAAAUCAUCAAAUGAUUCAAAAUCCUUUUCAGUCUCAGUCGAGUCAACAAUUGACUGUGAAUCAACAACAAUCCACUCGCCAAGAAAAUUUAACUGUAAAUAGCAAUGCCAUCAGUGUUAAUAAUGAGGAUAAUAGUAAAAUAAUGCCCAUCAAAAUCAAGAUAAAAGUAAAAAAUACUCGGUCAAAAAAUAGGGUUGAUUCGAAGUAUCAAGUAAUAACUAAUGAUACUCCUUCGUCGCCUGUUAAAACUGGGACCGUUGAAAGUAAAAAUGUCAACCCAAAUAAGGAAAAGGAAGAUCAAUCUUCUAACAAGCAAAUUACCAAAGUUAAUCCAUUGCCAGCUGAGAUGAUGGAGCCAUCCUUAAUGCAACCAAUGAAACCUUCAACAAGUGAACUGGUUCAAUUGACAGAGAUGCUUCUCAAUAUGUCUUCAUCUAAUUUAUCAAGCAAUUCAACCUCUUUUCAAACAACACUUACACCUUCCUCUUCACCUGCUAGUGCAUCUAACAAUAGAUCUCAGUUAUGUAAAAAUUCAACUCAAUCAUUUUUGCCAAUCGGAAUGAGUCCAUUAUUUCCUCUUAAUUAUCCUCUCUCUUCUCCAAAUAAAACCAAUUCUAAAUCUCCUGUAUCUACUGGACCUAAUACUAAUAACGAUGGUUCCUCUUUAUCAACUCCUACUAGUACAACAACGACUCCUUUCGUGUCACAGCGGAAAGAAGAUGAUUUCGAGUUACUGGUUAGAAGCAUUAGAGACUCGAUUAAUAAUCAAUUUCAGGCUGACAAAGAUGAUGAAUUUGAGCUUAAUCAACAAAACAUUAUACCUAACUCAAAUGUUUGGCGAUCUCCAUCUCAAAUUAGAGAUAAUGCUGAUUGCGAUACUGUUGGUUCGUCACCAUCAAAAUCAACAGUACCAGUAACUUCAUCAUCUCUAAAAUUGUCACCUUUUUCUUCAGCAUCAACAACCACUACGGCAGCUACAACAACAACAACAACAUCGUCAUCAAAUUUAAACACCAUUGUAACUUCUAAAGUUGCAACCUCUUCUCGGAAAUCAGAUAAGCUUCAGGACAAUCUGAGAGGAAAAUCUGAAAGCUUAAACAAACCUCAAGAUCUAGGUAAAUGUACAAAUGGGCCGAAGGCUAAACCUAGAACAAAAGGUCGAGGCAGAGGGAAGAAUCGUUCAAAGCAAAGUUCUGUCGAAGAUGGGUUAACUACAAAUCAAGAACAAAGUCAACCAAUUGCCGAAGAAUUAAAAGAUAAAAGUGCCACUAUUCAAAAUUCAUUUGAAGAAACAGCUUUUUCAUAUUCAUCUCCAUUGCUAACAAAUUCAACUAAAUGUUUAGACGAAAAAGACGGGUCUAGCGUUGUGGAUGAUACUAGUUGUGUACAACAAGCAUGUUUACCGCCCGAAUUUUCCUUCAUCCAUUCAUCACUUCAUCGUUCAAAGAAUUCUCAUUCGCGUCGUAAAAGGAAACAUCGACACAAGUCUCAUCAUACAUCAUCUCGACCAGAUCAGGAGAAACCAAUGGCUGCUGAUGCAAGUUAUUUAACAGCCAUAGAGAAUCUCACUUCUUUUCUCAGUUUUCUUAAGAUCUCAUCUAAAGAGAAGAGUCUUGCUGAUUUUAAAAAUCGUCCUUGUCUCUUUAAGUGUAUGAAAUACCUUGCUGGUCAUCGUAAACGUAAUCAUAAUCAUUCAUCUAAGCGAAAUUCUUCCUCAUCAGCAGCAACAAAUACAUCAUCAAUAAACACAAUCAUGAAUGUCACAUCUAAUUCUGUUACUCCGGGCUCCAAGACCGGUGCAUCUGGUGAACGAAGUAGUGCUGGUAAAAAGGGUAAAAAGAAAAGCAAAGACUCUGGACAAAAUGACGAAACAAUAGGAGGUAAUGAAAGGAAACGAGCAUCACAAGCAACUUUAGGUGAAUCUAACUCAGGAUCAAAAGCAGCUGAGGAAAGACUGCCUCUUAAGAAAAGACAUCAUCGUCAUAUUGAGACAAAAAGUGAAAAGCAGUCGAAUUCGGGCUCCAAUAAUAUCUCAAAUCAAUCUAACAAUUUGGCUAAUUGUAAUGAUCAUGUGAACAAUAACAAUACUAAUGCCAAUGCAAUUUCUUCAUCAUCUUCAGCCUCUAUUGAGACUGAAACAAAAUUUGUUCAUAUCCGUGGAGGUAGCAAAUCAUUGUCAAGAUCUGGUACAAAUAGCAACAGUAACAAUUUAAACAUUAAUGGCAGUAAUAAUAAUCAAAAUACAAUAUCUAAAUCACGGAGAAAAAGCAAUCGUGUUCCUCAAACUGAUAAUUCGGAUGAUAUUCAAACUGCUUCAUCUAAAUCAACUUGUCGUAAAAGUUAUCCAAGACGAGCUAGAAAGGCCAAUGGUGCAAUUAGCAAGAACACCAAGAAUCAUGAUAAAAAUGUGACCAAUAACUAUGACCAGUCAACACCAGGUCUGGACAAACCUAAAGAAGUUAAGCCCAGGGUAACUAAGAAGAGACGUCUUAUCAACAGAACUGGAUUCGUGAAAACGAAAAAGAAGAAGAAAUAUGUUAACAAAGUCGCCAUCCCAACUGAAUAUGAAAUUAACAAUAAAGAAAUCACCAAUCAAGAAAUUACCAACAAAGAAAUCACCAAUGAAGAAAUUAACAAUAAAGAGAUUACCAGUGAAGAAAUUACCAAUGAAGAAAUUAGUAAAAAUAAUGAUUUGAUUAGUGAUCCACUUCAACCCGAUUCUCUUAAUGGCACCAAUCAACUUAAUGGUACAAUUGAAGACAAAACCACGGCGGAUCCUGACCCAAAACAAUUAGAGAACAAUCAAUCCCAAUCUCUUUCUAGUCCGAUAAUCAAUGAAUCUACUGGUCCCCAGGAAAAUGAUCCAUUGCCGCCUAUUAAACCAGGAAGAGGAAGAAAAAGACGUUUAAGCACUGGAGAACGCAAAAAUUUAAACAUUCCAACAAAGGUUUCAAAAACGCUGCCAUCAAUAACUACAUCAGAUGUUUUAAGGACCUGUCGUCUAUUAGCUUUAACUAAAACAGAGACUAAAGUGAAAAAUGAUAUUGCUAAGCGUAAUAUUGUAUCAAAAACAAGGAAAAAAGGUUCAAAACCUUCAUCAGCAAUUAAAUCAGAAAAUCUCACAAAAGAAGUAUCUCCAGCCUCAAGAACGUCUCUUCGAGAAUCUAAAAAAUCAACUGAUUCAGCUUCAAAAAAACCGACAGCAUCAACAGUUGUACCGAAAAAGGGAAAAGAUAAAGAAAUUUUCAAACCUCAAGUUAUCGAAGUCACUGCACCCUCAUCAAGUUUAACCAGUGAUGGUAAAAAGAAGAAAUCAAAUCUACCAAAGACAAAAAAUCCUUUUUAUUUACCUCAACGAAAAACGCUGAAAGCGGGCUUAUUUUCAUUAUCAUUUAAAGCAGAAAUUACUGAAAGUAAUAUGCAAGCCGCCAAUUUCGCUACUGAGUCGACACAAUCAACUAUCUCUAGUGAAGAUAUGGAAAUUAGUCCACCCAGUCCUAGUGUAUCAAAUGAUAAUUUAAAAUCUAUCCCUGAAGACGAUGAGUUGGAUCCUAGCUAUUCAACUCUACUACCACCACCUUUGUACGCUGGACAAAAAGUCAGACGAACUCGUUCUAAUUUUAAACUUCCUUAUGACAUUUGGCUUCAAUCAACUCGAGGUCAACUGAUAGGUUCUGCAUUCAAUUCAACUCGUGCUUAUAAAAAGAUUAAAUCAAAUGUAUUUGUAAAUGUUAAACCCAUUUCUGUUGAUGAAGAGCAGAGUUGUAAUUGUAAAAAGCCUUCCGAUGCCAGUGAGAAAGGUUGCUUAAGUGAUUGUCUCAAUCGUUUAAUGUAUGUUGAGUGUUCUCCCAAUCUAUGCCCGUGUGGUGAUCAAUGCGCCAAUCAACGUAUGCAAAAACAUGAAUGGAGUCCUGGUUUACAAAGAUUUGAAACACCCAACAGAGGAUGGGGAAUAAGAACUACUGAACCCAUCAAAAGGGGUGAAUUUAUUCUUGAAUAUAUUGGUGAAGUGGUGAAUGUGCAAGAGUUUCGUUUUCGGAUGGCUGAACGAUACAAUAAUGAUCCUCAUCAUUAUUGUCUUAAUCUUGACUCUGGAAUGGUCAUUGAUGGUUAUCGUAUGGCCAAUGAAGGACGCUUUGUUAAUCACAGUUGUGAACCUAACUGUGAAAUGCAAAAAUGGUCUGUCAAUGGAUAUUACAGAGUUGGCCUGUUUGCUUUGAGAGACAUCGAACCGGGUGAAGAGUUGACUUAUGAUUAUAAUUUUGAUAAUUUUAAUCUUGAAACUCAACAAGUCUGUAGAUGUGGAUCAAGCAAAUGUCGUGGUGUUAUCGGAGGUCGAACGCAACGGAAUAGGAUUAAAAAAAAUUAACUCUUCUUUUUAGGUUAAACAAAGCAUACAAAUUAUAAUUGUUACAAAUGUUCAUCACCUUUCAAUGAUUAUGAGUCAACAUGUUUUGCUCCUCUUUUCAUGAAGUUUCAUGUAGUUUUUAAUUUAAACUAAACAUUCAUCCAAUACUUCAUAAUUUAGCCAUUUAUUUGUAUAAAAUUAAAAUUAAAUACCAAAAAAAGGGAAAUACAAAAACGAUGAAUUUCUCGAAAGGAAACAAAAUUAUAAUUUUAUGGUAAAUUUUUAGAUGCCAUUCAUUUAUAGACAUUGUCAAACAAUAUUUAAACAGAUCGUUUC